AUGGGCCAUCUGAACCUUUCGGUACCCGCUUCAUCGCGGCUAUCGAAUACGAGCAAGACCCCAUCGUCGCGGGUACAUCUCUCCCCGGCGGCUCCGACGAUGUCGAGCGGCAACGAACGUUUCCGGACGUAUCGACCCAACGAGCAUGACCCCAGCCCGCCUCAAAGGCGAGCUGAUCUGACCCCGCUAGACCGAUCUACAGACGGUCUGGCCCCAUCGGCUCAGUCCACCUCUCCCACGGCGGAUCCUGACGACCGGCUCUGCGACUGCCUGACCCCAUCGAGCGGCAAUGAGCGUCCCCCAGCGCAUCAUCCCAGCGAGAUCGACCACCGCCUGCCUCCUCCGAGAGGCACACCAAACGCGCCAGACCCCUUACCCCUCGCAGGGCGUACUCUGAACACGCCGAUCGACCUUGAACGCGUCCAGCUUAUCACCCCUCGACCCGCUUCUCGAUUCGCUCAGCGUCAAUCGACUGCACGAGGCCCGAUCCGACCUAAACCGCUCUCUAUCCAGCUAGUCUGGUUCAGCCCGCCAGCUGAUUUUCACCAGGCGAGGCGGUCCGAGAGAGCAACGAGUGGGAACACCUCGCGCUCUGGCAAUGGCAACAACGCCCUUACUUAUCGCACCUACGAGAAUGACCCGCUACCUCCUUUCUUUCAAGUCAGGGACAGCUUCUCAACGAGCGGCACCAGACUGCUCGACCUCGACCCCGUACCCGCUCUGGCUCUGGCCUCGCGCUCCAAUCCUCGACCUGGCCUCUCGAGCCCGCUACCUCGAUCGGUCCAGCCGUCUGCGUCCACCUUGCGGCACUCAGACAAGAUCCACGGAUAUUCUCUCGGCUAUCCCGCUCAAAGACCACCGCGUCCGCUUCCUGGCGCGGGACUGGUCUUCCUCGGUCUCUUCUCGGACCCGCUUGUACCUCGUACAACCGACCUGGCUUCGACUCGGCAUACGCUCGGCUUCUGCCGCGGCCUUUCGGAUCUCCACCCCGUCGUCCAUUAUCGGCGGGGGAUCGGCUAUCCUCACUCCGCCUCAAGACCCCCCGCGUCCGCCUCCUGGCGCGGGGAUCGGUCUUCCUCGGUCUUUUUCGGACUCGCUUAUCCAGCCGGCCUUGACCCGGCUGGCCAGAAGCUCGGCUUAUCGUCCGGCAUCUACGACACUCCCGCGGCGGCCUCCUGCCGCGGGAUCGGUCUUUUUCGGCUCCAUUUGUCCGGCCGGACUCCUCCGCCCGACCUGCGCUCGGCUUGCUCGGCAUACGGAACACCUGACCCCCGCGUCCAUCUCCUGGUACAUGGUCGGUCUUUCUGGGUCUCGCUGGUCCAGCCGGGCCCCUACUCUGCUCGACCAGCAAUCGGCGUCUUCCUCGGACCUCUCGGCUCGUGCGUGGCCCUCCUGGCGCAGCAUCGGCUUGCCUCGGUCUCGCUCGUGCAGCUGCGCUCCCACGUCACUCGACCCGCGUUCGGUAUCGUCUACGGCUAUCCGAUACCCGCAACCUCCUACGGCCGUAGGAUCGGUCGGUCGUCUCUUCCGGUAUCCCUCUUGGUCUUUCCGGUGCCCCACGUCCGUCUUCUUGCGCGGUAUCGGUCUCACGCACCAGCUCUUGGCCCAUCGCUUGCUUCUGCUCCUCCAGCGGACACUGGUCUACUUGACCCGCUCGGCUCUCGCCGUGCCUUAAGCCCGUUGAGGGGAAUCCUUCCACUCGACGCGCUCGGAAUCUCUCCUUGA